UUUGGGGGCUGCAGGCGUCCAUCUUUGUGGAAUGGGUCGUUGACGAUCGUCCGUGAUUGGACUUUUUGACGCUUCAUCCACUCGAUUGAUGUGCCAGACGACAGACGUCCGUCCAUCCAUCCACACAUUGACCACCCGUGAAGCAGCCAUGCAGGCGACAGCACCUUCAUAUAUACAGCCAGCCAUGCAGCCAGGGUAGCAAGCUCUCUAUCCAGCAAAUGCACACACACACACACACAGACGCUCCCCCUCCAGGAGCAGAGAAUCCGCUCACCCCACCCGAUGACCACCCAUUUCUCUCCCUCCCCCUUCCCUCCAUCCUUGCCUAUGUAUCACGGUUGAGGGGCUCGCGCAUGAUCUUGGUGAAGUCCUCCUUGGUGAUGAAGUACUUGUCCUUGUCCUCUGUCUUGCCCUUAUCUGUGCCUGUAUACACACACGAACACACGCACAUACGCACAGCGCCGGGAGGGCGGGUGCACAUCUUCCCAUCCAUCCAUCCAUCUCGUUGUGUGUGUGCGUGUGGGUUACCCGAUGCGAACAUCUUGAUCAUUCCCGUGAGGUCGUCCUCGUCCAUGGUCUCGCCCACCUUCUCCGCUACCUGCACCGACACACACACACACACACACACACAUGCACACAGGAAGCCCUGUUCUUAGCGCCACUGCCUCUUCCCCUUGGCAGCACAGAUGCACUCACGCGUACGUACCUUUUUGAGUUCACUGAGUGUGAUCUUGCCGUCCGCUCCCCCGAAACUUAUCCACGCCUUGUCGAUGUCGUUGUCACUCGAAUCGGGGCCCUGCAUCAGCCACACACACGAGAUUGACCAUCCGCCGCUUAUCCAAUCCAUCUCCCCUUUGUCUGUACCAGUUUGGCGCUCAUGGUCUUGCGGAACUCGUCCCAACUGAUGUUGUUGUCCCCGCCCUGGUCCACGUUGCCAAACACCCUCCCACACGCCUCUUCCGCCUGCGACUCGCUAAACCUGUGGACAAACAAAUCCCACACACGCACUCACACAUGCCACUUGUCCACGGAAUGACGGACGACUGGAGUGGCCUUACUACUGACUGCUUACGUACCCGAUUUGCAUCAUCCGUUGCUUGACCUCCUUCUUCUCUAUCUCUCCACUCUUGUCCUCGUCAAACAGGUCAAACGCACGCUCGAUCUCCUUGCGCUCAGCCUCCUCCAGCUGCCUCUGCAACCACCACCGCCACACACGGAAUGAAAUUGGAGGUUGGUGUUGUAUGCUCUGUUGCCUACCGCAGUGGUCGGCGGCGACGACACGUUGGAAGCCCCCUGCAUCUCGGACAACUAUUCCUUUGUUAUUCCCUCUUUUGCUUUCCC